AUGGAUGAAGAGUUUGAUGAUGAGAUACCUGCUGUUCUGAACUUGACUACGAAUUCUGUACUUCUCGUUGCGGCAAUUUCACAAUUCCGACUACGGUAUGACCCCCUCGACUGCGGCCACCCCGACUACGAGCUGACCUGUGAAAACGACGUCCCUCUGAUUCAUGUGUCUAAUGGAACAUACAGAGUUCUGGGAAUAAACUACAAAAACUUCACAAUCCGACUCGUAGAUGCUGACAUUCAGAAAGGAAACUGCUCUUCCCUUCCUUUCUAUUCCUUAUCCCUAUUUGAUUUCGAUAAUGGAAAUAGCAGAAAUCCCUACAGAGCUUAUGUUGUACACGGCAACAAAACAGAAUCUGUAUUAUGCGAUCAGGUGGGGUACAUGAAAUGCAGCGAUGCAGUGAGGGAGGACGGAGCGUAUGUGGAUGCGGCCCAUUGCGUGAAAGAAGGAGGCCAUCUUUAUGCUGUGGUGAGCAAGCAAGAAGCGACCAGAAAUAAUACUCCGUAA